AUGAAAAUGACAAAUUCAAAAGAAAAUGACGAAUCAAAUAUUCAUGAAGAUACUGUAUAUAUAUUUUUUAAUAAUGAUAAUGAUAUAGUAAAUACUUCUACUGAAAAUGAAGAACUUUUGGCGAAAUUUGAUAAAUUUUUAAAUACUAGGUCAGUAUUGUUUAAUUUUACAGGUGAUAGUCAUUUAUCGGAUCAUAUCUCAAAGUUGGACUUUUACAAAAAUAAACGGCAUGAAUUUUUGACUAGGAAAGACAUUCUUGAAUAUAGAAAAAGAAUGAUUGAGAAAUGUAAUGCAUAUAAAAAUGAGUAUAAAAAUUAUAAUGUAAGUGGUAUUUAUACCGAGCAGACAGAUGAUUAUUUAGCAACUUGUUGUUUAAAAUGUAUUUUAAAUCAAAUAUUAUCAACCUAUAGUACAUCUGAUAGUGAGAAUAAAAUUAUUAAUAUUUGUAAAGGAUAUAUUAUUGAUCUAAAAUUUCUUCUAGCAAAAGCGAAGGUUGAAGAUAAAGAAAUAGAAAUUUUUGAUAAAAUUAUUUUUUGGAUGCAUAAUUUAUUUGAAAAGAUAUCUAAUGAAGAUAGGAACAAUAUAUUUGUUAGAUUACGUAAUGAAUUUUCUAAAUUAGAUUAUUCUUAUACAAUUGUGAUUAACUUCUUAGCAAAAUAUUUUUACAAUAUGUUAGAACCAAAUUGA